AUGAUGGUUGCAAACUUAUUAUAUGAAAUUCGGGAGGAAUAUUUAUAUGAAAAAAUUGGUGAAUUAAAAAACUUGAAAGAAAUAAAGACGACUGAUUUAGUAACUAACUAUUUAAUAUUCUUUUCAUUAUAUGUAAACAAAAUUGUUGAAAAAAAUGAUGAAGAUAAAACAUUAACACAUAUAGAAAAGGAAAAAAAAACAAAGGAACUAAUAGCAAAAAAUAUAGAAAAUAUUAAGAACAAACUAAAAGAAAACGAAGAAACAAAUUUAAAAAGAGAAGAUACAAACUAUCAAAAAACUUUAUAUACACAAAAUGAAACAAACAAUGAUAUACCUACUACCUUGAAUAAACAUGAUAAAUCCAAUUUUAAGAAUAUUUCUAAUGAUCUUACAAACAUAUUAUACUUUUGUAUAUCUAUAAUAAUUCAAAAUUUAAGAACAUAUACACAAAAUGAUGAGAAAAAAAUAAAUGACACAUAUAAUUCGAUAAUACAAAAAGACAAUAAUGAGGAGGGACAACUUUCAAGUGAUAUAGUAAUUAAUUUUUUUGAAUUAAAUUUGGUGUAUAUAUCAUUUUGUUUUUAUAAUAUAUAUUUAUUAAAUAACGACACAUAUUAUUUAUAUGUAAGCUUGGUUUUAUUUUUAAAAAUUUUUCAUCACCUCAAAAAUAAAAAAAUCACUCACCAAAUUUGUAUUAAUAAUAAAAGUAUAUAUAUAAAAUAUGAUAUAUGCGUCAACGAUUUUUUAUUUAAAAUUUGUAAUAAAAUAGGGGUACUACAAAGAAAGCAAAAAAAUAUUUAUGCAAGUUUAUUUUUUUUAACGUACAGUUUUAUAUUCUAUAAACAUGUAACAAACAAUUUUGAAAAGAAUGAAGAAGAAUGUAAUAACAUAAUCGAUACGGAAAUAAUUAAUGUCAUUCAAAAUAUAAAUGAUAUAUUUUUACAAUUAAAUUUUUUUACAACAUCAACUUUUGUUGUUUUAAAAAGUAUUGAUAUGCAUUUAUCUUGUCUAAAAAAUGAAAUAAAAACAAUUUCAAACGAAGUAAAUAAUAAGCGUGAUGAACCAUAUUAUUGUGAUAAUGUAAAUAACAAAAAUCCAAAUUUUUACAUUUUUAAUGGUAGCAUAAUGGUAGAUAAAAAAAGAAAUGAAUCAAUAUCUCUUGAUGAUAAAUUAAAAAAAAUAAUAGAUAUGUGUAUCCCUAUUUUUAAUAAUAUUAUUGAAUGUAGUUAUAUAUUUUUAGAUUUACAUUUACUAUCGAUAUAUGAACAUUUAAUUAAUGUUUCUUUCUGUAUGAUUAAAGAUGUUUAUAAAUUAUUUCAUGUCCUAAAAAGAGAAAAAGAAAAAAAUAUAAUAAUAGAAUAUAAAUAUAUGACUUAUCGAAAUUUUUUAGAAAUGUAUAUCAUAUAUUUAAAAUAUAAUUAUUUGAAUUAUUCUCAAGAAACUUGUACAUCCAUAGAUAUAUAUAACCAUGUAAAUUAUAUACAUAAAAAAAGGGAGCAAAUUAAAAAUUACAUUAUAUCCUUAUUUAAAGAGUAUACUACUAGUACCACACAAGAGAGAAACAACUUAGAACACCAAGACAGAACAGAUGAAAAAAAAACAAAUACAAAAAAUGCAAUACAAAAUGAUGACAUAAAAAAUGGUGCAACAAAAGCCCAUUUUGAUAGUAAUCAAAUUUUAAUUUAUGAUAGCAUUAAAAAGAUAGAGAAAAACAUAAUGUGCUUGGAAAAUAUUAUACACAUAAAUACUGAGGAAGUAAAUAAAGGAAUGCAAUCAUGUGAACUAUCUGAAAAAAAUAUACCAAAACGAAAAGAAUAUGAUUUUGAUUUAAUUUCUUUUAUUAUAUCAGAUAAAAAUAUUGCAUAUAAAUUUAUAUGUGAUCAAAUUUUAAAAAAAACUAAUUUAAACUUUGAAAAGGAUGAAAAUAAAUAUCAUGAUUUUAAAUUUUCAGAUUUAUAUGAAAAAAUGUCUUUUUCAAAAAUGUUUUGUGAAAAUGUAAAAGAAAUUGAUGAACUAACAAAAGAAAUAUUUUAUUUAAUAAAAAAUGAACAAGCCCAAAAAAAUGAAAAAAUAAAAUUCGAUGAUAAAAAUAAACUAUCUGUUAUUCCUUCUACAUUUGUUAAUAUUGAUACAAACUAUGUAGAAGAAUUUUUAAACAUUUUUCAAUUUAGUGAAAUAAAAUUAAGUCAUUUAAAACUGAAUAUUUGCAAUCUUAGUAAUUCAAAAUAUAAUAAUAUGGCUAUUAAUAAGAUGAAAAAAAAUUAUAAAAAAUUUACACAACAUAGGAAUGAGCAAGAAUGUGAUCAUCUCUUAUCGUUGUCACUUUUGCAAAAUAAAAAUAUGGGCGGAACAAAAAAAGACGAGAAAAAAGGCAAGAAAAAAGGCGAGCAAAAACACCAAGAAAAACAUUGGAUAGACUAUUCUGAUGAUAUACACUAUUUUUGUCAUAACCAUAAAGAAAUCGAAUUUUUAUUUAAAAAAAUAAAAAAAUAUAUAAAAAAAUGUUUUGAAUAUUACACUUUAUUUAAUCAGACAACUUUACAUUUGGACAUUUUGAUAAAUUCAAGUGAAGCAUAUUUUUAUUAUAAUUUUUUUACAAAAUCUGUUGAUGAAUGUAUAAAGAAUUAUAUGGAUAUCUUAUAUUCAUUUAGUUAUCCAUUAAAAUUUAUAGAACAUAAACAAUAUUUAUCUUAUAAAAGAGAUCUAGCUUUAAAAUGUGCUUUGCUACUAAAAGAUGUUUAUAUAUGUAAAAAAUGGAAUAUAAUCAUUGAUAAUAUUUAUUUUAAUUCAAAUAAUAAUGAGGAUAAAAAUUUAAAUUUCGAUGAUAAUAUUUCUGGUGUUUUAACAAAAGAACAAAAACAAACAAUAUUACAAAUAAUGCAAUAUUAUUUUAUUUUUUUAAAAACUUAUGAAAUUGAGAAAGAAACAACAAAUAAAACUAUCUUUGAAAAUGAUGAUGAAAAAAAAUCCUAUUUUGACAUUUAUUUUUAUGUGUGUAAAACACUAUCAAUAGUAGAAGAUAAAAAUUUCAUAAUACCAGCAAUAAAUAAUUAUAAGUACUUGCUAAAUUAUUCUUUAAAAAAUAAAAUGUAUAAUGAUGAACAAUACAAUGAAUAUAUGAAAAACUUUUGUAAAAAAUCUAUUUAUUUGUUAGAGAUUAGAUUAAAUGAUAUUUCUUAA